ACGUCUUUUAAAAGUUGGCGGUUGCAUUUACAUCGCAUUGUUGAAUGUGGUAUGAAUGUUGGCUGUAUUGAAUAGCUAACAUUGCCCAAGUUUGAGUGAUUUUCUCGUUUAACGCUCAUAAAAUAUGGCUAUGUCAGUUGUGGAACUCAUUUCCAUUGGACUUUCAAUCAAGAUCAGUCGUAGCGAUGGCCGCGUACACGGUGCAACUGUCAAAGCCAUCCACCCAAACAAAGGUGUUGUUUCCGUGGAAUGGCAGGAAAACUCGGCCACCAAAGGAAAAGAGGUUGACGUCAAUGAGUUGUACAACCUCAACAGAGAGCUUGUUGAAUUCCUGAAGUCGUCCAAUCAGCCUGAGCCAACGCCUACCCAGCCAAAUAAAUCUGAAAUCCGGCUCCGUUCAUCAAGAAUACCCGCUCCUCCUGAAACAGCCACUGGAACUCGCCCUACUGAGGUGUCUGAUUCGGUCCACAGGAAGUCGAUGGUGCGGCGGACUUGCGCGGUGAACACGGGUGUUCCAUCCCUGCCCUCCAGUGCUGAAGAUGGCGCUCUCGUGCCAGAGCAGCCAGUAGAGUCCCUCCUUAACGGGCCAGGCUCGCGUAACCAGCGGAGGCUGAAACGGGGCGUGGCCAUGCCGCCGUCACUCCUCCCACGGGUCCCCGAAACCGGCGCGGAGCCGGAGGCCCCCGCGGCCCGGAUCACCCCGGCCGCCGGCACGGCCCGGCGGAAGUCAGUCGUCCCCUCGGAGGCUGAGAAAAAUCAGAACAAACGGAGGGCGUCCCAAGCGAAGCACAACACAGACCUGCGAGCCAAGCGGGGAAACGGUGGGGAAACGAACCGCCCUCACUGGCAGUUUUACAAGAUGAUCGAAGAGUACCGAGAGACCUUAGAGCUGGUGCCGAUCUCUCUGUCGGAUCCUGUUGAGGAUCACAAAAUUUGCGUGUGCGUCCGCAAGCGUCCACUCAACAAACAAGAGGUGGCCAGGAAAGAGAUUGAUGUGGUAUCCAUUCCUGGGAGAGGGGUUCUGCUUCUGCAUGAGCCGAAGCAGAAAGUCGAUCUCACCAAGUACCUGGAGAACCAGCUCUUCAAAUUCGACUACUCCUUCGAUGAGACUGCAAGCAAUGAAAUGGUCUACAGGUUCACCGCCAAGCCGCUAGUCCAGACGGUUUUUGAAGGCGGGGUGGCGACGUGCUUCGCUUACGGCCAAACCGGAAGCGGGAAAACUCACACCAUGGGGGGUGAUUUUUCAGGGAAAAACCAGAACAGCUCAAAGGGGGUCUACGCACUGGCAGCACAGGAUGUGUUCACUCUCCUGGAGCAGAGGAGGUACGUCACCAUGGGACUCGAGGCUUACGUCACCUUCUUUGAAAUCUACAACGGCAAGGUGUUCGACCUGCUCAAUAAGAAGGCCAAACUGCGGGUUCUGGAGGACGGGAAGCAGCAGGUCCAGGUCGUGGGCCUGCAGGAAAUGUACGUUUCCUCUCCCAGUGAAGUCAUCAGGCUGAUCGACUUGGGCAGUUCGUGCAGGACGUCCGGCCAGACGUUCGCCAACUCCAACUCGUCGCGGUCGCACGCGGUGCUGCAGAUCAUCCUGCGGCGGGGGGACCGGCUGCACGGGAAGUUCUCCCUGGUGGACCUGGCCGGGAACGAGCGCGGCAACGACGUCAGCAGCAACGACCGGCAGGCCCUGGUGGAGACGGCCGAGAUCAACCGCAGCCUGCUGGCGCUCAAGGAGUGCAUCCGUUCCCUGGGGAAGAACAGCGAUCACAUUCCCUUCAGGAUGAGCAAGCUGACCCAGGUGCUGAGAGACUCCUUCAUCGGGGAGAACUCCCGGACCUGCAUGAUUGCUAUGAUCUCUCCUGGGAUGACCUCUUGCGACUACACUCUGAACACUCUCCGAUACGCUGACAGAGUCAAGGAGCUCAACACUGCAACGGCCGGGAAUUCUGACACAGAUUCCGAUAAGAAGUCCGAGAUGGAGGUGGAUGAAGACGAGGAGGAAGAAAGCCUGUCGGCAGAGGACACGGUCCUAUCGACGCCCAGUGUGUACGAGGCCGUGGCUCAGGUCACGGAGAUGGCCGACAGGCUCUGCGAGGUUUUGCACAAUGGCAGGGAAAUUGCGAAUGCUAUUGAGGACCGGACACAUGACAUAAGCACCAUGCUGCCGGAACUCAACGAGCACAUGAUGACACUACAGGAGUGCUUCCAGGCUUUGCAGGCCGCGGUGAAGACUGAGGAGCUGAGCCGAAUGCCCAAGAAGGGGCAACGCUGAACGACAUUCAAAACCCUCUUACCCUUUCAGCUGAAACUUUAAUCGCAGAAAUGCAACUGCAUUGCCCUUUUAACAUUUGUAUACAAUUAAUAAAGAUCGCUUCUUUUACGCAGUUGAA